ACGAACCAAGCUACUGCAUUGACGUCACAUCCGCGUUCAUCAGACCGCAUUCUUGAUGGGCUCUCCAUAGAUUAGGGCACAACAGCCUCCUAUAUCGGCGGCGAAUGCGGCUACAUCUUGUCUGUCAUUUAUACUAUUGCUCUAUGUCGCGAACCAAUCGCUGGGAUCGACUGGCUAAUUGAGUCAGGGCGGGGAUCUGGCUCAGCACCGUCCGCCGUGCCCCCAUCCCGCAUUGGGCAGGUCGGCCAGCAACCGCCUGUUCCCACGGUCUCCAACUAAUCUCUGGCCUGGGAGACAGCGCUUGUGGGCGCGCCAAGAGAGUAGUGGAUAGAGGUUUUGGGGGACUGUGUAUGGGCGGUAUAAGUUCUUGCUUUCCCCCUCUUUGCGAAUUGAUAAUUCCCUCGUCGAUAUCUCCAGAUGACUUUGACUCCCCCCGAUCGUAGAGAAAUGGAACCACACAUGGAGGAACCUAUGUCGCCGGCGCGUUUGGACAAUAAUGUCACGGAAAAAGACCAUGUUAAUGAUGAUGGCCACGGCGCGGAAAGUUCGUCGCCGCCGGACGACACUGAGUCUCUGCUCCCCCGGUGGAAUCAUCCACGGUCGAAUAUCUUUCGCGUGUUCGCGACGCUGUGGGUAUUCUUGGUGAUGGGCGCGAAUGAUGCCGCCUAUGGAGCGUUACUCCCAUAUCUCGAGGAGUAUUACAACAUCACCUAUAUGAUCGUAUCGCUGGUCUUCCUGUCACCGCUGGUGGGAUAUGUAUUGUCCGCCUUGAUCAACGACAAGCUGCACCUCUGGGUCGGCCAGCGUGGCGUGGGCUUCAUCGCCUCCGUCUGCCACCUGAUCGGGUACAUCAUCAGUUGCACGCGUCCGCCGUACCCGGCUCUCGUGGUGGCCUAUGUCUUCGCCGGGAUCGCGAACGGCCUCGGUGACGCCGCCUGGAACACUUAUAUUGGCAAUAUGCAAAGCUCGAAUGAGCUCCUGGGCGUGCUGCAUGGUGUCUACGGCCUGGGCGCCGUGAUCAGCCCGCUGGUUGUCACCAACAUGGUGAAGAAGGCAAACGUACCCUGGAACUACUUUUACUUCUUCAUGAUCGGCAUUGCAGCCGUGGAGUUCAUUCUCAUCGUAAUGGCAUUCUGGCGUUUCACCGGCGCGGCAUUUCGAAAAACAAGGGCGCAGACUGCCGGCGAGACCAAUGCAAGUCUUCGAUCGACCUUGUUUACCCGCCCGGCCGCCCGCGUCUCCUGGGUCUGCGCCAUUCUCCUGCUUUUCUAUGUCGGCGUGGAAGUGGCUAUUGGCGGCUGGGUCGUGACUUUCAUGAUCGACGUGCGCCAUGCCUCCUAUUACGAUAGUGGCAUGACAGCGACGGGAUUCUGGCUGGGCAUCACGGUGGGGAGGGUUGUGCUAGGCUUCAUCACAGCACGCUUGGGGGUCAAGCUGGCGACAACGAUUUAUAUUACUUGCUCUAUCGGUGUCGACCUGGUUUUAUGGCUCGUGCCAAAUUUCUAUGUGUCCGCUGUGGCCGCCGCCGUUCAGGGAUUCUGUCUCGGUCCGCUAUUCCCGGCCGUGGUGCAGGUCAUGACCAUGUUGCUGCCAAAACAUCUCCACGUUACGUCGAUUGGGUUUGUCGCUGCGUUUGGUGGCUCCGGAGCUGCUGUUAUCCCCUUCAUUGUGGGGGCUAUUGCGCAGAACAGGGGCGUCGAGUCGCUGAUGCCGUUCGUUUUGGCUCUUUCUGUGGCCAUUUUGGUGCUGUGGAUGGCACUACCGCGACAGGGUGGUGGUGGUUCUGUUUUUCGGCCGUUCCUGAAGAAGAUAUUGCGAUCUCGGGGACAAGAUGGGAAUAUGAUAUAACGGUCAUAGGAAGAGUCGAUGAGCGUUAACAAUGGCCCAGGUACAGUUGGGCAUUGGCUCUAUUCUCUAUGGACAUAGAAAUGUGGGAUCUUGUCAUAGACAUG